AUAUUUUGUUCAGACCAUAAAUUAUGUGAAGAAUUGUAUAAACUGCAGACACAUGAGUUCACUCCUGAUUCAGUAUUUGUUUGUGUCCAGGACUGUUAUUAAGAUGCACGUUUGUUAUGAGGAUCGGUGUUUCCCUUUAAGAACCAACGUAGCACUACGCAUCUGCUUUCAACAAUGCAUUUGUCUUUCCGUGAGGCUCUCAAACGCAACUCAGGCAUUCCGGUCAUCCACCUCGAGCGCCCGAGCAGAGGCACACCGAUCUCUGGCGGAGUCCUUACCGGAGACGGGCUUCGCGGGGUAAUCAAGAAGGCAGGCAGUAAACCAUCCCGGGUAUAACGAUGGAACCGUAAAAUAAAUACGGAAGGGGGGAACAGGCUGGCUGUCACUGUAGUGUGAUAGAGAGACACGGAGAAAGACGAGGAGACGAGAGAGGGAGAGAGGGGCUGUCUGCCUCCAUGUCUGCUCCUGUCCCUUCCACUCGGAGAUCUGCGUCUGGCUCACGCAGAUUCAACCCUCUGAAUGCUCUGCAGCCCAAACGCCGCUUGCAGCAAAUGCUGUCGUCGUCCUCCUCGUCCGUACCCGUACCCGUACCCACGCGCCCUGCGUUUGACUACUGCAGGUUCAUAGAGCUAGACUACAUUCCAAUGGAGACAGGCUUUAUGGUUUCAAUGCGCCCAACGGAUCGAGGAUAUCUCACUACCAAGUCUCCGGAGCGGCACUGUCGACGGACAGCUGCCCCAGUCAGCAACAGAGAUCCCCAUGGCAACGCCUCUCUCAGCAGCAGCAGCACUAACUCUGGCUCCUGCAAGGGCAGUGACUGCAGCCCCACCAAGGGGCGUCAUAUGAAGGCAUAUACCUCAUGUACAGAUAACCAUGGCAUCCGCCCCCCUCCCCCGGAGCAGUACCUCACACCCCUGCAGCAGAAAGAGGUGUGUAUCAGACACCUGCGGGCCCGCCUCAAGGAAACCGUGGACAGGCUGCAGGACAGGGACUCUGAGAUCGAUGAGUUGAGGACUCAGUUGUCUCGUAUGCAGGAGGACUGGGUUGAAGAGGAGUGUCACCGCGUCGAGACCCAGCUGGCUCUGAAGGAGGCACGCAGGGAGAUCCAGCAGCUCAAGGAAGUGGUGGACGUGGUGUGCACCAACCUCAGCUCCAGCGACUCCACCGACACCAGCGUCCAGAAAUACUUCCAGGACAUCAACGUCCAGAACCACAAGCUGGAGACCCUGCUGCUCAGCAUGGAGCUGGCUCAGAACGGGGUGGCCAAGGAGCAAGAGGCUGCUGCUGCAGCACGAGGAGCGGCAGGGUGGGCUGGGGCUGGGAGGCCUGGGACUGCGGGGUCAUGGCCUGGAAGUAGUCCCGCUACAUCAGGGACUGGAUGGGGUGGCUCCAAGAGUCUGUGUGGGUCUUGUGACGGCUCCCCCGCCCGCUCUCUGCCCCAUAGCUUCACCUACACCAAGCUGAGCGACCAUGCACUGGCUGAUAAGAACGGGAACGGCCUUUCAGGGGAGGAGAACCAUGACAGUGGCUUUGUGUGCUGUGGGGAGAGUCACAGUGCAGCCAGCAGUCACAGUCACAGUCGCAGUGCAGCCAACAGUCACAGUCGCAGUGCAGCCAGCAGUCACAGGGCAGAUCUGCUCCUGGAGGCAGCCUUCCUGUCUGAGGAGACAGCCUCUCUGCUCAGCACCUACUCUCACCUGCCACACUUCUCCAACUACGACAAGCUGUGCCCCGGGAAGGACAGGGUAGCGCCCCUACGCUGUGCCAUGGGUGGGGCGGGCAGCCACCCCUGUCUGUCCCACCACCACCUUUACCUGCACCACCCCAGGGAGCAGGCCGUCCAGACAGAGAGCUGCCCCGUCCCCGUGGGGGUUGGCUACGCCUCUGACCUGGACACCAUUGCAGAGCGCACGUUCCGCUCUCAGGCCUGCAGCCCCACCUCCACCUGGGUCUCAGACGAGGGAGACGACCUGGACUCGGUUACCAUGACGUCAGUCACCACGACAACCCUCACAGCUACAACAGAGGCCGGUCCUGGCCCUCCGUUACCCAGCUCUUCCUGCCUCUCAGUUGAUAUGCCCUCCCUCUCAGUGGAGGAGGAUGGGGAGGCGGUGGGGGAGUUGGAGAGGCAGACAGAGGUAGUGGGGGAGAGUGCCGGGGGGAUGGUAGAGGCAGGCAAGCAGGAGGAGGUCAGGGAGAUAGAUGUAGAUAGUCAGAGGGAGGAUGUGGAGGUGAGGAAUCAGGGAGAGUUGGAGGAGGUGUGGUCGGUGGAGGUGGAGGAGGUGAGGUCGGUGGAGGAGGUGUGGUCAGUGGAGCUGGAGGAGAUGAGGUCGGUGGAGGAGGUGUGGUCAGUGGAGCUGGAGGAGAUGAGGUCGGUGGAGGUGGUGAGUUCAGUGGAGGGGGAGGAGAUGAGGUCGGUGGAGGAGGUGAGGUCAGUGGAGCUGGAGGAGGUGAGGUCAGUGGAGGGGGAGGAGGUGAGAUCAGUGGAGCUGGAGGAGGUGAUGUCAGUGGAGGAGGUGAGGUCAGUAGAGGAACAGCCCCACACCUCCCAGCCCAGGGGAAGUUUGUUGCAGCAGGAGGAGAUCGCUGGGGUGACGGUGGUGGAGGUUGAUGAUGAUGAAGAUCAGGCUCAGGGAGCAGUAGGAGGAGAAGAGGAGUCUACCUCGUCUGGGUCUGGACCAGCAGUGAAGAGCUACUGGAGCCGCCACUUCCUGGUUGACCUGCUGGCGGUGGCGGUACCCGUGGUGCCCACGGUGGCAUGGCUGUGCCGGGGGCCGCGGGGCGAUGCCCUGCCCAUUUACCACUUCGGCUCCCUGCUGCGUGGCUGCUGCACCGUGGCCCUCAGCUCUCUGCGCAGGGCCGGAGGCGUUAGGCACUACCCCGCAGGCACGGGUGGGGGAGCCAUGGGAGGCACAGAGAUCUGAGACAGGCCCCAUGACACCCUGGGAGCUGCACACACACAACCCUGCCCUCUCUGGUCCUGGGUCGUCCUCCACCUGAUGUACUGGGUAAAGGAAUGAGGGGAGGAAUGAUUCUGAAGACAGGACAGCCUCCUAACGAACCGUAUAACUCUCUCCUUUGAGCCUGGCUCCACCUCUUCCACCUCCUCUGCUGGACUGAGAAGAGACACCAGGAUGUGUUGAAGUGACACUGAAUGGUUGAACUGAAUGAUUGAAUGGACAGGGUGUGAUUGAUGCUGAUUCUAACUUCUCUCUCUAGUGUGCAGGGAGACUGAACGGUCUGUCAGUCUCUGUGUGGUCUCUUCAUUGGUUCAGUUCAAUUUUGACUCGUGGUGUGUAAGUAUAUGUGCACACGACGUGUGUGUGAGUGUGUUGCGUAUGUGUUCUUCUCUGUUGUGUCGAUGUGUAGCCAAGCACCUGGAUGUCUGAAGGCAAUCACAGCCAUAGCUGUGCAGUAGAUGGUAUGCUCAUUUAGGAGUGAAUGAUGGGACAUAUGGCCUUUCCCCCCUAAAGAUACCAGGCAAGCUGCUGCUGUACAUUUCUGCUUCCUGUCACUGGUGUCCUAGAUUAACAAUCACUCUUGUAGCAUUCAGUCCAUGUCCACGGUCCAAGAGUUAGUCAUUCCAGACCCAUGAACCGGAAAUAUCUCAAGAAGGAAUCAUUUAUAGAGAUAAAAUUAUUUCAAAACAAAGUUUAUUGUCCUGUUAAAAAUAGGAGAAAAAAAAGUAUUAUGGACUUGGUGUGAGGAUUGUCACGGUAAUCUGUUGUUAUUUGAAAGUUUGCAUUGAAAUCAAAUUAUGACUUGAGUUGGCAGGAUUUGAGUGUCUUGUUAUUUUGGGCUGUAAUGAAUGGAAGGUCGUUGAGAUGUAAAAUAAUUGAAAGGCUGAGAAAUCAGACGCUGUACUGUAAUGUUUUGGUAUUAGUCUCUGUUGGGGACUAAUGAACUGACGUCCUAAAGAUUGUGAUGCAACCAGCGAGAACAGUCCUUUGAGUUGAAGUAUAUUGAGUUGUUCAGAGAGGAAACUGGAAUAGAUCUUGUCAUUUCUUUAGUCAUCCGUUCUCCAUUUUGUUCUGCACUAUUAUUCACUUUAUGAAGUUAAGCAAUCCCAUUUUCCCCAAUUGCUUGAAGUCAAGUUUGUCUUUCCAAAGUCUAAUACGUCCAGUUUAUUUAUUUAUUUUGUACCCCUUUUUCUUCCCAAUUUCAUGGUAUCCAAAUUGGUAGUUAGUCUUGUCUCAUUGCUGCAACUCCCGUACGGACUUGGAAGAGGCGAAGGUCGAGAGCCGUGCGUCCUCCGAAACACAAACCAACCAAGCCGCACUGCUUCUUGACACAAUACCCACUUAACCCGGAAGCAAGCCGCUCCAAUGUGUCAGCGUGCACUGAGCCCGGCCCGCCACAGGAGUCGCUAGUGCGCGAUGGGACAAGGACAUCCCUGCCGGCCAAACCCUCCCCUAACCCAGACCAAUUGUAAGCCGCGACCGCGACCCAGAAUCUCUAGUGGCACAGCUAGCACUGCAAUGCAGUGCCUUAGACCACUGCGCCACUCGGGAGGCCUUAUGUCCACAUUUUUGUUUGUGUGCAAUAUCAUUGUGAUAUUCCAUAACUAUUCCAUAACUGUAUUAUGGAAUACGUUUCCAAAGCAAAAGUGAAAUAAUCAUCUGUAACCAAGAAACAGUUUAAUUUAAUUUAGAUUGUAGCAUAGUUGAAGAUCCUGACCGUUACAGGCCAUUUACCUUUGACUGCUGAGAAACAGCUGCCUUCCAUGACUUUCUUUCUUGUACACAAUAGUGUUUUACUGCUUCCUGUAAGGUGUGCUGGAUGUGCAUUCAUGUGGUUGCUCUGUAAUUCCUGUUAUUUUCUGCUGCUUGACAAUCCCUGCUCUGCGUGGUUUCGCUUAUUUAACCUCUUCGCUAUGACUUCCAGCACUUAUGAGUAGAAAAUCACAAGCAGCAAUGACAAAAUAGAUUGGCUGAUGAAUGAAUGAACUGCUUGAAGGCCUCUUUACACACGUUUCACUACUGUUGUCACGUCUUGUGCUUUUACAGCAGAUAUGAACAACUUCCACAGCCCUGUUGGGAUUUGUAAUAUGACUCGAUAUUCUGGGUUGCUGUAAUUUCUCCCCCUUCAUGUAUCAUCAUCAUUACCUAUGAAUGCCCCCCCCCCCCCCUGUCCUUUUGUGAGGCCUGCAGGGUAAGGCCUCUAAAUGUUUAAUUAAAAGCCAUAUUCCUUCCUGUGAGGGAACGUGUUUGAGAAUAUCUCUAGCAGAAUCCCAAUCAAUGAAAGUAUAGUGUGAGUGAUCAUCAUAUUGAUAUGCAUUUAUAGACGGACUCAGCUGUAGUCUCCCCGACAGAACAUGACGUGUAGGGCCAACCUCACUCAGGCUGGGAGUUAAUGGUCCUGACGUGUAGGGCCAACCUCACUCAGGCUGGGAGUUCUUGGUCCUGUCGUGUAGGGCCAACCUCACUCAGGCUGGGAGUUCUUGGUCCUGCUGUGUAGGGCCAACCUCACUCUGGCUGGGAGUUAUUGGUCCUGCCGUGUAGGGCCAACCUCACUCAGGCUGGGAGUUCUUGGUCCUGCCGUGUAGGGCCAACCUCACUCAGGCUGGUAGUUAUUGGUCCUGACGACGUGUAGGGCUAACCUCACUCAGGCUGGGAGUUCUUGGUCCUGCCGUGUAGGGCCAACCUCACUCAGGCUGGGAGUUCUUGGUCCUGCCGUGUAGGGCCAACCUCACUCAGGCUGGGAGUUAUUGGUCGAUCGUGAGUUCCUGCCCGACUAUGACUAGAUGCGCAGGCGUUGCAUUGCGUCAACCAAUGGUUGUGUGCCACAUCAUCAACUGUGCAGUCUUGGCAUCAGAUUGCUAUAUCAUAUGAUGUGGUUAGCUGAUGUUCUAGACCUAGCCAGACAGUGUGAGAUCUGGCAUGCAUCUGCAAUGUAGUCGGGCGGGAACUCGAUUAUUUUAUACGUUUCUUGAGCAAUUCACUGGUGUUUUUAAGGAAAAAUCCACUCAUAAAUGUAUAUCAUGGUAUUUGUUUCAUUAGUCCACUGUUAAUACAGUCCCGAAAUGUUUUUGCAUGUCAGCAGUCAAGUUUACAAGAUAUUGAACUUUCAAGAAGCAAUGUGUCAAAGUAAUGUGGCAUGUGACACAUUGUUUCUUGAAUGUCCAAUAUCUUGUAAACUUGACUGCUGACAUGCAAAAACAUUUUGGGACCAUAUCAACAGUGGACAAAUAAAAUGUAAAAAAUAUAUAUAUAUACAUUUGAGGGGAUUUUUUUCUCCCUUUAACAGUAAAACACCAUCCCUGCACAAAAUAAGCUUAAUUAACUGUAUUGUUUGUGUCUGGGGUGUUCCGGUGAUUAAAAGGCUUUUACAGGUAAUGCUUAUGUUAGAAUCACAGUCUGCUAAUUGCUUGUUAUUGUCCAACAGCUUUUGAAGCAUCAUGUGAUUUCUGAUGUUCUGGUGUUGCUAGCAUAGCACUAACAAGCCCAGUUCUUUCCAUGUCCACUGUUUGAUUUCGUAAUGCACUGCUAUGAUGUUAGAUAGUGUUAUCUGUCCUGUGACUUUUUAUUUGGGAAUUAUUCCCAGUCUCCAGUGGUACCUGUUAUUGUGUGAAAAUCUUUUAGCAUCAACAUAGACGAUCAGGCUUUAUUGGUGGCUCAAAAUAACUACUCAAAUCACAUUUGGAGUCAUUGGAGCUCGCAUUGGUACAUAGUUCAUGUAGGGUCAUCGCUAUAUAUAGCACCAAACACUGUCAAAAUGUUUUAGGAAAUUAUUUUUGUGAAAUGUUGUGACAUUGAUAAAGGGGUAGCCUAUAGUCGUUUGCAUUGGAAACUAAAUAAGCUAGUCUUUUAACAGGUUUUCCUACUGUGUUACUGUAUCCUACAUCCAUUUCACUCAUCUUAUUUCACAAUAUUAUUGAAAGAUAUAUUACCUCAGAAAUUGUCUUUGUGUUUCAUACAUUCAACUCCAAGUAGACCUGGUGCACUUUAGUGUUGGUCUGAGACUGGCUGUGUCAUUAGCAUUGGAAGAGUGAGGCUAUAGUCAGAUCUGAGAUUGUGUGUGUUUCUCUGGGAUAUAACAGUACAAUCUUUGGGGGAAAUCAUUUGAAGUUCUCCUUAUGAGCUAUGUGUAUUGAAUGUGCACUCUUAUUUUUUGUUUUUCUUUAAUUGUCCGAUUAUUUGUUCCACGUGUAAUGGGAUCUAUACCCAAGAUGGUUGAGUUCUAUAAUAUCUGUACCUGAAGGGUACUUUCCCUCAUAAAUGCCUUGUAUGGGGAUAAAACAGCAGUCAAUAUUAAUAGCUGUAGCUAGUUAGAUCAAUUAUCUUUAAAUGGAAAUUCAAUAUUUUAAUGGCAAUAGUAGUGACAUCACUGUUCUUCAGUACAGAUCCAUUUUCACUCCCACCAUACUGAAUAAAAACCAAAUGACUAUAUUAAAACAGCAUGGAGAACAACUGA